AUGAUGCAGCAAAUUAAUAAAAAAAUAAACGUUUUGCGGCGUGGCUCCUUUAACGCCGCAAAGUUGUCACCUGUCCCCCACACAGAGACACGCGUAUUAACCCCAUAUUUUUGGAGCCAGCUGCUUCUCUCUUUCGUCUCUUUCGUUUGGCUUGUCUCACUUCACAGAAACACCAACACCUUCUUCUUCCUUCAUACGACUGACCCUGACCUACUCUCUUCACCACCGAAUUUCGCCGGAAAACUUAAGCUCCACCGCCGCCGUGGUCAUUCGAACUCAUCUCCGCCGCCGCCGUUCUCAAUUGAGGCUCAAGACUAAGAAACUUGAAAAUUUACCUAGUGACUGCAGCUUCUCUUGUAGCCCCUGAGCUGGACCGACUUCCUCGC